UUGCCCGACACCACAAGACAUAUUGUAUUCAAAGGAUUCCCUGACAGACCUGGUCGUUGAAUACCUCUUCUGACGUCAGGAAUAAUAAUUACUUUUUCAUCCGGGUCUCCACUCUCCUCUUAUGGUAUUAUUUACUUUAUAAAGACGCGGGAGCUUGCACUGAGCUUAGUUUUAUAUAUGUAUAUUAUUUCGAGGGGAGGAGAGUGUUUUGGAUUAUAUCCAGUUUAAUCUGGAGUUGAUCUGUUUAUCUGAAGAAACGUGUAGACAGCGAGUGAGAACAUAACUGCUACUACUCAAUUCUCUAAAGGAGAUGAAUAAUUAAUGGAUUCGGAAUGGAGAUAGCCUUGGUAAGUUUUGAAAACGGUGGGGCUACUACAAUAGGGAGUGGAGGCAGCACAAACGCUCUCAAUCUUCCCCAAGCAUCAUUUGUACAAUCUGGGCUCAACGACGACUACAGGAAAGAGAUCAACACUUUCAGCAGCUUGCAACAGGGCUCCUGGAAAAUGAACGACAUGAACAACACUUUCAGCAGUAGCGAAAAUGCCAUUGAUGCGCUUUUACGGGCAGAUCACAGCCCGCAUCUAUUCGACGAGGAUGCGCUGGAUAUGGAUUUGGACAACGAGAGCAAUGAGCGAGUACUGAUAAACAUUGCUGGACUGAGGUUCGAAACUCAGCUGGGCACACUCAACCAGUUUCCAGACACUUUGCUGGGAGAUCCAGACAAAAGGAUAAAAUACUUUGAUCCACUCCGAAAUGAGUACUUUUUCGACAGGAACCGACCUAGUUUUGACGGAAUUCUUUAUUUUUAUCAGUCGGGCGGCAAAAUUCGGAGACCAGUGAAUGUCUCCAUAGAUGUGUUCGCCGAUGAAAUUCGGUUUUAUGAGCUGGGAGAGGAAGCGAUGGAGAGAUUCCGAGAGGACGAGGGAUUUAUUAAAGAGGAGGAAAAGCCUCUGCCUCAGAAUGAUUUCCAGAAACAGGUAUGGCUCAUUUUUGAGUAUCCGGAGAGCUCCAGCCCUGCUCGGGGAAUUGCAAUUGUUUCCGUUCUUGUUAUCCUCAUAUCUAUCAUUACCUUUUGUUUGGAAACCUUACCGGAGUUCAGAGAUGAAAGCGAACUGCCUCACUCUGCUAGAAGGAACAAUGUUACUCAGGCUCCGACGUCAAACACGCUCUCCGACCCCUUCUUUAUCAUUGAGACUACCUGUGUGAUAUGGUUCACUUUUGAGCUUAUUGUGCGUUUCUUUGCCUGCCCAAGCAAAUCUGUGUUCUCAAAAAACAUUAUGAAUAUAAUAGACAUCGUGGCCAUAUUUCCUUACUUUAUCACCCUCGGAACAGAACUAGCUGAGCAACAAGGCAAUAAUGGGCAACAAGCCAUGUCACUGGCUAUUUUAAGGGUCAUUCGGUUGGUUCGGGUGUUCAGGAUUUUCAAGCUUUCCAGACACUCAAAAGGGCUACAGAUUCUGGGGCAGACUCUAAAGGCCAGCAUGAGAGAGCUUGGUCUUUUAAUCUUCUUCCUCUUUAUCGGUGUCAUUCUGUUUUCAAGCGCUGUUUACUUUGCAGAGGCAGAUGAGCCUGAGUCUCAUUUCUCCAGCAUCCCUGAUGCUUUCUGGUGGGCUGUGGUAACCAUGACAACUGUUGGCUAUGGAGACAUGAGACCCAUUACCGUUGGAGGGAAAAUAGUCGGCUCCUUGUGUGCUAUUGCUGGCGUUUUGACCAUUGCCUUGCCGGUCCCCGUUAUCGUGUCCAACUUCAAUUACUUUUAUCAUAGGGAAACGGACCAAGAAGAGCAGCCAGCUCUCAGAGAUGACCCAAGCAGCGGCCAUGCGACCCCUUGUAAUGAAAUGAAGAGGAGCCGGAGCAGAACCUCUCUCAACAAGUCCUCGGGAAACCUCGAUAGCAGUGAUGGGAUUUCUGUUGGACGGACUGUGGAAAAAGCUAAUUUAAAAGCCAACAGUAACAUGGACAUAAAAAGAUCCCUGUAUGCCCUUUGUUUAGAUACAGGCAGAGAAACAGACCUGUAGCUAAACGAGCCUUUUCUGUUGUAGUGACCGGCUUAGUUGGUGUUUUGCUUUUGAAAGCAUUUUGUUGUCGUUUCUCUUUAUGUAAAAAAAUGCCCAGAGUAACUGUCAA